CGUAUAUCCUUUCUGUUGAGGAGGGUCAUGCCGUCCCCAGCUGCCAGUAGUAGUGCCUGUGGUUGUCACUCUCGGUCACUGGUGCACCGGUGCUCCAUCCCAUCUGCGGCAUCUCUCAUUCGUACCUGUAAUCCAUUCGCUACAACUACUGCGAGGACUGGAGAUACUUGCAAGAGCUUGACUUGCUGCUUGUCCCUCACUCCUCUGCCCACUUUCUACUAGUAUAGCAUCAGCAUCACAUCACAUUCUGAACCAUCUGCUGCCCAGUGCACUCGACAACUUCUGUUAGCUACAUCCUGAGUGCCCAACUUCAAGUACAUACUAUACGAUUAUUGCGCGAAGCUAUUCGUGGGACUGGAGCUUAUCGGGCUGCACUGCAUUGCAGCUUCCAGACAGGCCCAACGACGACCGGAGCGCUUCCUCGCGCCCUCGCUGGGUCCUUGCUCCUGCUUGCUACCCCUCCCACUCUCCGUCUCCCUUCCCUCGCCUGUCCCACGUCGACUUCGAUUGGCACUUCGACCUUGAACGGGCCUACGAGCUCCUUCAAUCCACCCUGUUUGUAGCAUUCCAUACCUGGGGAACGUGCGCUUCCCUCCGGCGCCCAAAUGCCGACUUUUGGGGGCCUGCUCAAGAAGAAGAGGACUAAGGAGUCUGCUGAAGAGAAGUCGACCGGCGGCGGCAGCAGUGGCCCUCAACCGAUCCAGUACAAGUCUUCGCAGAAGACUGAUGCCUCAUCACACCUUUCGUCAUCCAAGACUGCGUCCGAUGCACCCACCCAGUCGACUGCAGCUACCACCACUACCGUGACCUCGACGUCGGACCCCAAUGCCAAAUCCAACGAAAGCAACGGCACCCCCGACAUGAACAUUGCGAACAUCGUCAGCCCGGCGGCUGGCGUCGCUGACUCCAAGCCGGUAGCCAGACAGACCAAGGGCAAAUACACCCUCUCCGACUUCACCAUUCAGAGAACGUUGGGCACCGGCUCAUUUGGGCGGGUGCAUCUGGUGCAAUCCAAACAUAACCAGCGCUUCUAUGCGAUCAAGGUCUUGAAAAAGGCCCAGGUGGUCAAAAUGAAACAAAUCGAGCAUACCAAUGAUGAGAGGAGGAUGCUGCAACGGGUCAAGCACCCUUUUCUUAUCACACUCUGGGGCACCUUUCAGGAUUCGAAAAACCUCUACAUGGUCAUGGACUUUAUCGAAGGUGGCGAGCUCUUUAGUUUACUCCGGAAGUCACAGCGUUUCCCUAAUCCAGUGGCCAAGUUCUACGCCGCGGAAGUGACAUUGGCCCUUGAAUAUCUUCAUAACCAGAACAUCAUCUACCGCGACCUGAAACCCGAAAACUUGCUGCUCGACAGACAUGGCCAUAUCAAGAUCACCGAUUUCGGCUUUGCCAAGGAAGUCCCCGACAUUACGUGGACUCUUUGCGGAACUCCCGACUACCUCGCGCCCGAGGUCGUGGCCUCCAAGGGUUACAAUAAAUCAGUGGACUGGUGGUCCCUCGGAAUCCUGAUUUUCGAGAUGUUGUGUGGAUUCACCCCAUUCUGGGAUGGAGGCUCUCCUGUCAAGAUCUAUGAGAACAUCUUGAAAGGAAGGGUCAAAUACCCCCCUUAUAUCCACCAAGAUGCUCAGGAUCUCUUGGUGCAGCUGAUCACGAGCGACUUGACUAAACGACUGGGCAAUUUGCACGGCGGUUCGGCAGACAUCAAAAAUCAUCCUUGGUUCGCUGAGGUAACGUGGGAGAGGCUGCUGAAGAAAGACAUUGAUGCUCCUUAUGUGCCCCCAGUCAAGGGUGGAGCAGGCGACGCUAGUCAGUUCGACAAGUACCCCGAAGAGACGGAGGAGUAUGGGAAGAAAGGGGACGAUCCAUUCGGUCAUUUCUUUACCGAUUUCUGAUAGCACCGCCAAAAUCGUGGCCGAAUGAUCCAUGGGUGGCUGUGCAACGGGGACACAGCAAUGGCCUUGCGCAAAGGCACAACGUGUGGCACAAUGGCGAGGAUAUCCAUCUAGUAUUUCACGAUGCAGGCAGACAUUUGGGUAUCUUAUGAAUUUACUGCUCUUAUUAGUACGGCACUACGGCAACGGGGACAAGCUGGCAUGAGACAAAUGGAUGAGGUCGUUUCCCCUUCACGGCUGGAUGAUCUGUGCGGCAGGAGGAAUGCUUUUGUAUUGCUCAUUGUCAGCUGCCUGUCGUAUGUACUUACCUACAAUUGCCGCAAGGCGUUACAUUAUGUGAUUUGUGUGAUUCAGCCAUUUUAGAGCGAGUUCCAUUGAUCCUGAUUACCUAUGUGAAA